AUGGCGGAUACCACGGUGUCCACGUUUGAACGGGCUUACAUUGUUGGUGGAAUUGAACAAGAUUUCCGUUCAGAUGGAAGGUCUUGUCAGGAUUACAGACAUUUUGAAGUAGAAACUGGUAUUGUUUCCAACACAAGUGGAUCUGCGAGACUUCGAUUGGUAAUUGUUUUUUGCCUUGCUAUGUAAGUUCGGCAGGCAAAAAUGCAUAUGGUGCCCUUCCCAAACUUAAGCUUAAUUUCAUGCAUAACUUUAAGGAUUUACACUGCAUAGUCAAUUAUGAUACCAGGCAUCUCUUUGCUGUGGGCGAUCUCUUGACCCCAGAGAGACCAAAAGUCAUAACCCCUUUCUCAAUAGUAUUAACUUAUUAACUUUAUUAUUCCAUCGCUCAUAUAGUACAAACUCAGUAAAGCCAAAGCCGGGGGAUUAUACGGCCUGUGGUCAGAAUGACAGAAAUUAUUUUAUGGGCACUUAGGUUUGUCCAAAUCCUUAAAAAAGAAGGGUGGAUACAGGUAACACUUGCAGCAAACAGGUAGAUUAAAAACAAAUGCAGGAGUCAAUGUACCCCCACCCCCACCAAUUUCUUAGACGGAUGCAAAAAUGCUGUGGGGUAGGGAAGUGAUGGAGCGAAAACCAUGCUUAUAAUCUUUUUAAAGCAUAGGUAUUAAAAAUAUUCUUUAUAAAGCUAUCUAAAUAGGUAUAUUUUUUUAGCGAAAUAUUGAAAAAGGAGCAAUGUUAACCGCUUUUAAAAGAAUUGACAAAUGGCCCACCCAAGGGCGGAGGUUUUCUGACAUAUCCCCUCCACUAGGACCUACAAGAUGACAACUGCCAGGAGUGAUGGGCACGCUUGGAAUUGACUGAGCCAUAACAUACCCUUGGGGCCUUGUUUUCUUUUAAAAAAAGACACAUUUUCUUCGUUCUCUUUAACUUUGUUUCAUUGAAGUCACACAUGCAGUCUGUCUGGAGUCCAAUACUUUGCUUUGUUAUAGUCUAAAACUGAUGUUUUGGUUGGAGUUAAAGCAGAAAUUGGAGAACCUCGCAUACAGAAACCUGACCAGGGCUAUGUUGAGUUUUUUGUUGAUUGGUGAGGUGUUUUUUUAUUUCUAUGUUUAUCGUCAUUUAGAUACAAGUUCUUUUUUCUAAUCCCAUUAAGAUUUUCAUAGAGUGGUUAUGAGAAGUAGUUGUUACCAUCUUAAACUGACCUAUAGCUGAGAAAAUUCCUGCCCAUAAAGGCUCUAAAAUCAUGAAACAUUCUCUAAUUAGGUAAAAUUAAUGUAGAAUAUAUUUCUAGCUGGAUUUUUGAUAACGUUACCGCCAAAUGACCCUAAAUUUGCGUCCAACAGUUUUUUCGGCCAAAAACUAUCUCUAAAGUAGCCAUUAUAAAAACUAAGAGUGCAACCAUUGCUUUUUUUUUUUUUCCUCCUUUUCUUCUCCUUGCUCAUUCUUUUUCUCCUUUCCUUUUCCUUUGUUACCAUGAUUUUGGAGCCGUUCUUGGGCUUAAGUAACCUGCCUUUCGACACCUUUUCACUCAAAUGACUGCAAAUUUUGGUAGGUUGGUUUUCAAAAAAUCAGUCAGAUUUACAUGCAGAAUAAUGUUUUUAAAAAGUUUCAUCUUUUCAAAGUAAAGCCCACCCAUUGAUCUUGCUUUCUUCUGUACUUCUGCUUCCGUACUGACUUGUUGCUUUUUCUCCUUAAGUUCUGCAAAUGCUUCCCCUGAAUUUGAAGGAAGAGGAGGUGAUGAGCUUGGAGCAAUGCUCGCAAAAACUUUAGAGAGAGCAUACAAUCAUAAAUCAGCCAUUGAUCUGCACUCACUGUGUAUUCUUCCUGGAAAACAGUGUUGGGUUUUGUAUAUCGAUGCUUUGGUAAGCUAGCCUUUUAAUUGACAAUAAUUGUAUAAUAUGUUGUGAUCAAUACCAUGAUUAAGAAAUGUUAGUAAAUAGAUGCCACUUGUUUAAAAGUAUAAUUAUUUCUUUACUGUUUCCAUGGUAACACAGUCCUAUACAUGCAAAGUUAAUUGACCUUCGAAGUGCCAAGCAUGAGGCCACCACUGAUUUCCUUGCGAAAUGACGUGUGAGAAAUGAUCACAGAAAUUCCAUACUUAUGAUGUGUCACUACCCAGAUCUGGCAUCAUCAGUAUGGAAUUUCUGCACUCUUUUCUCAGACGCCACUUCGCAGGAAAACCAGUGAUGGCAUCACAAAAUGCCGGCUGUCUUCUUAAGUGUCUAAACACACCAAUCUUGCCUCAGAAUGAUCUACGUUCAGAGGGAUUUGAUUGUCAUGGCGUGGCACUCACAGCCACCUUGUUCCACUGCACAUGGCCUCUCUCACCCCCUCCUUAUUUUAGAAAUUCUCUGUCUUUUGAAGAACUAUAUUAUCACACUGUACUUUUAAGUUGUUCCACCAUAUUGAUUUUUUUGUUUACUUACUGACACUAAAGUAAAUCAAGAUUUUUGUCACAAAUUGCAAGACUUGUCGUCUUCAUGUAUGGCUUGCUUAAUGAAGUGUUUUUAUAUGUUCUAGGUGUUGGAAUGCGGAGGAAACUUGUUUGAUUCCCUGUCCAUGGCAGUGAAAGCAGCCCUUUAUAAUACCAGGUAUAAAAAUGAUGUUAUCCUUAAAAUUUAUAAAUAAAAUGUAAUUAUUUAUUAUUGACAUUUUGUUUGUUGCAUCAUCUUGAAUUCACUAUGAUAUUUUUUUAUUAUUUUACAUAGAAUUCCAAAUGUGGCUGUGUCAACAGAAGAAGGAGAGGUGGAACUUGAAAUAUCAGAUGAUCCACAUGACUGUACAAGGUUGGAUGUUUCUUCAAUUCCUUUAACAGUGACAAUGAGCAAGGUAAUUGAUUUGAAUAAAACCAGCUGUUACGGUCAAAACUGUUAUAGUUUAAUAAUCUCUGUGCAAGGGAUAGUCCUCAAUUCACUUGAAUGGUAACACCACAGGAUUUUGAAGCAGGAGGGACAAAUAAUCUGGCCCCCAUAACAUGGUCUACUAGUGAGGUGGUUCAACCAUGAACUUGAGGUGUUUGAACAUCACAUGAAACUCUUCUUGGAGUGUUUGUUAUAUCUGUUCAAGUGAUCAAUAAUUAACAAUAAUAUUAUUGGAGUAGGUUAAGCAAAAUAUCGUGAUUUGUCUGUGGCAAGCAGAUCAAUUAUUUGCCGAAGCUAACAGCUGAGGCAAAUAAUUAUUUAUCUGCGAGACACUGACAAAUCACAAUAUUUUGCAAUAACCGAGUUCAAUAAUUAUUGUUUUAUCAUUCGAUCACCGAGUUUGUUUUUUUAAUGAAUAUCCUCGGGAAGCGAAGCAAUCUGCCAUUUUCACGCAAGAGCGAUUGCAAGAAGGACAAAAGCACAGUUUCCUUUACGCAUGUGCAGAAUAUUAUUUGCAGCCAAACACAGUUGGACGGCUUUGCGCAUGGGCAGACCAUUAUUUGUAGGCAGUUAUUCGCAGGUCACGAGGUGAGUUCUCGGCCAAUGAAAAGAAAGAAAAAUUUGCUUCGAAUGAUAAUAACUGUUUUGACCACAAGCACUUGUCCUUCUUUCCUCAGAGCCAUGUGCAGCAAACAAAAAAGUAAAAUUAUGCAAAUUAAUGGUAAAAAGGAGAAGAUAGUGGGGUGGAGAUUGGGCUUUACUUCACUUGGGCUUCCACCCUCUUUCCUCCCGAUCACCCUUCAUGUGUGCUCUCAGUCUACUGUGAAUCAAAAUAAAAAAGAGACUGCUGGCAGUCUAAUAUUAUUUUGGCAUUGUGAUCUUAACCGCUAGGAGUUAAUUUACAAUAGUCAGCUAUAUUUAUUUUGAGUGUUAACCUCAUUUUUCAAACCAGCAAGUAUUUACUUGUCUUGUUGGCGGUCAGACGUGAGGGAUAUUAACAUGAUGGCUGCAUGUAUUAAACAAGCUGAUAUUACUGUAUUUUACUUAUCACAAUGUGUAUUCUGCAGCUCAUCGACAUUGUUUAAGUAACACUUCUUCUUGUAGAGAUGAUGUAGUCUGUGGAGAACAAGCUCUAAUCUUGGACCUUAUGAUUUUCAGUAUCUGUAGUUGAAAGGUUCUGGGAUUUUUCACUGUAGCGUCAUUUUGUGUUUAGAUUGGCCAUCGGCAUGUUGUGGAUGCUAGUCUUGAAGAGGAAGCCUGUAGUCUUGUUCAGCUCCUGGUGUCAGUAAAUGGAGAAAACAACAUCUGUGCCAUGCAGAAGGUUGGCCAGGGAGCUCUGGAUGCUGACUCUAUAUUUGAGAUGAUUGAGGCAAGAAAGUACUUUUGAUUAAUUUAUAACAUCAGGUUUAUUGCCUGUUGGCACUUACCAAAAUGUUGUUGUUGUUUUUCUUUUGCUUUGCCCAGCUUAGGAGCCCUGCGUGUCUAGGUUGACGUUCAAUGUCCUUAGAUAGCUGGCAUGCUCUUUUGCACACAGUUGUGAACCUGAAAGUACAUGUUUUGAAAGACCUUGUGUAAACCGUGCCAUGUGCAAAGUCUGAAAAAAUUAUUAACCCUUCACAUGUAAGGAAUUAUUUAGGGUGUUAACCUCAUUUUUCAAACCAACAAGACUUUACAUGUCUUGGUGGCGGUCAGACGUGAGGGAUAUUAAGUUGAUGGUUGUAUUAAACAUGCUGAUGCAUUUACUUAUCACACUGUAUAUCCUGCAACUCAUCAACAUCAUUUAACAAUUUCUGGAAUUGCCUUUAAGGAAGUUCUAUGCUGUUGAGAAAAAGAUCUAGAGUCAACUGUUUUGUCAUUUAUGUAGUUUGUUUGCAGCUUAAAUUCCUUGUCAUGUCCAUUAAUUUUAAUGAUUCCUUUUAAGCAUUCACUUCAAAUGUUUUUAUCUUUUUCUGGAUGUUUCACAAGUUUGGGAUUUCCUCUUGUUUUUAGACCGCUGGUUUGGUUGGAAAAAAGCUGAACAAAGAGCUCUUAAAAGUUCUCAAGAAAGAGGAGUCUGAGUCAAGUUUAAACAAAGAGAAAAUUGGUUUUCUCUUGUAGCAGAAAAAUUCUAAGCUAUACGCAAGUUAGCUGAAGAACUCAGAUUCUUUGGUGACUACCAAUGCUCUCCAGCAACAUCACACCAGCAUAGGCCAUGAUAGAGCUAUCAUGGGGCCAUCAUUGGAAAGAACCUAUAUGAACCACCAGUAAGAUGAAGCCACCAUCAUCAUCAUAUCGAGCCAUCUUGCGCGUGCAUUUAUUUUGCGAACAUAAGUGUGCAUUGAUCCAUCUUUGAGCUGCGUCCUGGAUCAUUCAGGACCAUUUUUGUACAAUGUGAAAGGAUAGUAAGCCAUCUCUAGACAGCAG